UCUGUCACGUAAAUGAAACCCUGGGCUAAAUUAGAACAAUAGCCCACUGCUUUGGUCCUAUAUGUAUAAUCCAAAUAAAGUUACGAUGGGAAGGUUAUUAUUGUUGCUUUUCUUCUGCCACUUUUCAUCAUCAGUGAAGCACUCCUUGCAGUAUUUCUUCACUCAAACAACUGGAGUCCAGAGCAUCCCUGAGUUUGUGGCUGUUGCCCUUGUUGAUGGAGUUCAGGGAGGUUACUAUGAUAGCAGCACAAGAAGAGCAGAACCCAAAACAGAAUGGAUUAAAAAGCUCAUGAAGGAGGAUCCUCAGCACCUGCAGUGGUACGCUGAUCAAUCUUUGCACACCAAUGAGGUUUUCAAACAUUACAUUUGGAGUUUAAGGCAACGUUUCAACCAAACUGGAGGUGUUCAUAUUUUGCAGAGUAUGAAUGGCUGUGAAUGGGAUGAUGAGACUGGAGAGGUUAAUGGGUUCAUUCAGUACGGUUAUGAUGGAGAAGAUUUUAUAGCAUUGGACCUGCAGAAACUGACAUGGAUCACUGCAAAACCACAGGCUGUCAUCAUCAAACUCAGAUGGGAUACUGAAAAAACUCGAUUAGAACACAAUAAAGAACUUUUCAUCCAUAAAUGCCCUGAGCUUUUAAAGAAGUAUUUGCAGUAUGGGAGGAGCUUUUUGCAGACAGCAGUUCUUCCAUCAGUGUCUCUCCUCCAGAAGACUCCCACCUCUCCAGUCAGCUGCCACGCUACAGGUUUCUAUCCUGGCAGAGCCGUGAUGUUCUGGAGGAAAGAUGGGGAGGAGAUUCAUGAAGAUGUUUAUCUUGGAGAAAUCCUCCCCAACAAUGAUGAGACCUUCCAGAUGAGUGCUGACCUGAGCGUAUUAUCGGUCUCACCUGAAGACUGGGGAAGGUACGACUGUGUGUUUCAGCUCUCUGGUGGUGAGGACAUCAUCACAAAUCUGAAUGAAAGCAUUAUCAGGACCAACUGGAAAGCUCCUGUCAGUGUCACUGAACUCUCUGUGUGACUGAAUCAACAUCACGUAGACAAACACAGCACCCUACAGCCAAGGAUACACGCCUCCAGUUAGACAAGUUUAGGGAACCGAAGAUUCAUGGUUAUUUUAUUAGUGAUUUUUCUAAAUAACAGUUCUUAAAUUUCUAGUAAUUUUUUAUGCCAUCAUAUGAUCAUUCAGUUGUUACUGAAAGAGACAAGUCAGAAUCUGUAAUAUCCAUUUCAGUCAAAUUAAUCUAUUUCAUCCAUAUUAACAACUUUUAGUAGUUUUCAGUUUGAGUUUUAGAGCUCAGAAACAUCGAACUGUCCUGUGUGUCUCCAACACUGCCUGCUGGCCUGUGUGGGUAUUAAAAAGUCGCUCUACAUUUAUCAUGUUCUCAAGUGUCAAACCAGAGCCUGACCCACUGCUUUCAGCUGGAUCAGCUGGCCAAAGGUUUUUGGCAGUGUCAUGCAACUCUUUGCUUAAAGUUGUUUUAUUUUCCAAUAAAA